UACACGUCAAACUAAAUAUUUUCUUUCAUCGCGACGCCAUUUUUGCUCUGCUCAACAGAGUCAUUUCAACACGCAAUCUGUGCGCUGCGGACAUUAAUCGACGAGUUUAGUCUUUGAAUCAUUUUUUCCGCAUUUCCGAAACAAAAAAUUUAUUUUGUAGAAAAAAGCACUGACAUUGCGUCGCAAUGAAUGGUCACGAUAGAGAGCCGCCUGAUAAACACGAAUCUGAUGCCAUCGCGUCCCGAAAUGAAUCGAUUUUGUGUGGAAUGGAAAUCAAAGAGGAACCGACUGUCAAACAAGAGCCAGAUGAUCACGGCGGUAUUGUGGUGGUGUCGAGAUUAGCAUACACAUUCAAUGGAAGAGCUGACAAUGCGAUUGGUCGCCAUCAAGUGAAUACCGACGUUUGCUACGAUUUUCAUGAUACGGGUGAGGUUAAACCGAAAGUAAAGAUUGGAAAGGUUAAGGAUGAAGCUAGUCAAGUUCCACGAAAGAGCUCUGACGAAAAUCAAAAGCCACAAAACAGUGAGAACACGUGUUUCCCGAAACCGAAGUUGAAUGAACCGGAUGAAGAUGUGACAAAGAAAAGUGCAGCCCAAACCGGUAAUAUUAGCAAAGCGAAUAGUUUUGGUGACAAAAGGGUAUCAACUGAAGGCAAAACAAAUGGAAAGCGACACAAGUGUUCAUUGUGCGAAUAUGUCACUACAUAUGAAAGCAAUUUGAUCAGGCACAUGCUCAAGCACACUGGCGAACGACCAUUUCCAUGCAGCGUGUGCCAGAAGCGAUUCACCCAGAAACGCAAUCUCCAAUCGCACAUGAAAACACACGUCGAUGAAUUUCUGUUCAGUUGCUCGAAUUGUUCGCAAGGAUUUCAUCGCAGCGAAGAGAAAGAGGAACACGAAACUCGUUGCAAGGUUAGUCGCUACGAGUGUCAUCUUUGUAAAGAUUCCUCUGGUUUGCUUAAGACGAAUUUGAAGGUUCAUCUUCGCGUGCAUACCGGUGAGAGGCCAUUCGAAUGUAACCAAUGCUCAAAGAGAUUCAAGCGCAAAAAUAAUUUAAAAAGCCAUCGCAAUUCCCACGCCAAUCCUCGUCCAUUGAAAUUCAAGUGUUCAUCUUGCUUCAAAAACUUUGCACAACAGAAGGAAAAGGAAAGUCACGAAGCCAACUGCAAGCGACGCGGAUACCGAUGCAAUUUGUGCAAGAGCUACAUAACUGAUCAGAAAACAAAUUUGAUGUACCACAUGCGAAUCCACACUGGUGAGAAGCCAUUCCGAUGUGAGACCUGCGCGAAGUGCUUCUCACAAAAGGCACAUCUCAACAAACACAAGAAGAUCCACAAGUAG